AUGACGUUGUGCCAUUUACUUACUCAAAAUGGACUAGAGCCGUCUAGGAAUGUCACUGUUGUAGAGAAGGUUGUGAUAUUUUUGUGGAUCCUCGCGCACCAUACGAAGAAUAGGCGUACCAUUUUACAAUUUUGGAGAUCGGGAGAAACAAUUAGUAGGCAUUUCAACUCAAUUUUGAUCGCGGUAUUGCGCCUUCACAAUGUCUUGUGGUAUCAUCCUCAGCCUAUUCUUGCCAAUGAACCAGAUGCUAGGUGGAAGUGGUUUGAGAAUUGUCUAGGGGCUUUAGACGGUACUUUCAUACCUGUCCUUCCUCCAACCGAACACAAGGCACGCUAUAGGUCAAGGAAGGGUGACUACGCGACAAAUGUGUUAGGCGCUUGUAGUCGUAACCUACAAUUUGUAUACGCAUUGUCUGGUUGGGAAGGCUUGGCCACAGACUCAAGAGUGCUCGAGAAUGCCUUGAUAAGGCCUCACGGGUUGAAAAUUCCACACGGUCAUUACUACCUCGUUGAUGCCGGAUACACUAAUGGGCCAGGAAUAUUAGCACCUUACAGGGGUCAACGAUACCACAUAAAUAUUUGGAGGCAAAGACACAUGCCCCAGAGCCGGGAGGAGUUCUUCAACAUGAAGCACUCCAAAGCACAAAAUGUUGUGGAGAGAUGCUUUGGAGUGCUGAAGAUGAGAUGGGGAAUUUUGAGAUCUUAUUCUUUCUACCCCAUUAGGACUCAAUGUCGCAUCGUCACAGCCUGUAUCCUCCUCCACAAUCUCAUUAAGCGUACAAUGGAGGUGGAUCCCGUUGAGGCUCAGUACACAGCGUGGGAGCAGGCAAACUUACAUAAUGUACCACCUGAUGACUACAUUAGAACCCUCGAAAGUACAAACCAAAUCAAUCAAUAA